GCGGCGAGUCCAUGUCUGCAUGGCCUGGUGCCGACUCGCUUUGCUCGUGAGACUCACCCUCAGCAUCUCCCUCUACCUAGUCGUCCAGUGCCUGUCUAUCUUGGCUGCCGACGACCUUGCGUUGCCCUCGCAAGACCGCUCAAGAGCGAACCAGAAACGCGCUCAGGUCACGAGUUUGGAAGAAACCAAGGACGGGCCAGCACGGCAUGGUAUGCAUAUGAAGGCAGCAUCGCUCACACCAACAGCAAGAGGAUCAUCGGUAGCUGUACUUGGUUCCGCGGGGGCUUCGUUGGCAGUAGCAAGCAGAAGAAGCCUCCGGAGCUUCACACCGAGCGGUAGCGGUCGGAAGUGGCAACUCAGCAGCCGCCGCGGCAGUAGCGAGCGGUUGAACGGGAGCGUUGGCAAAAGUUGCGGUGACGGCUGGAACAAAAGGAGCGUAGCUGGUGGUGGUGGCGGCGGCGGCGGGGCACGGGGAGCUCUGUCUUCGCUGGCCCCUGCGGUCGCUCCGCGUGCUGGCACAAGUGCACUGUUCGUUGUUUCUUCCGUCGACCCCGCUGUUUCUCUCGCCACCACACCCGAGGCAACACUGGCAGGGAGUGCUGCUGCAGGCGCGGAAGGAUCCGUCGUUGCGGCUGAACGCGCUCGUUGCAGGCCGUUGGUGCGAACAACCCCCCUUCGGUUCAACGUUGCCAAGCCCAGCAGGACAGAGAUAUUUCUGGCACCGAGCGCAAAUAUCCGGACUCCAGGCCCUUCAUCUUCGUCUGCUGACACGGGGUCAGCAGAUACGACCGAAAUGAGGUGCGGGGGCGGCGGGGGCGGGGGCAUGAUAUCGAGGUUCACGUGGCUGGAGUCCGUCAACUCCACCAUGGACGAGGUCAAAACCCUCAUCAUCAACCAAGAGGGAAGCGACGCGAAACGCGUGUUUGCUGUGGCGGCGAGAGAACAGCUUCGCGGGAGAGGGACGAAGGGUCGGGCUUGGAUAGGCCUCCCUGGAAACGUGUUCCUCACUGUGGCCAUUCCGCUAGACAGGGUCCCUGUACCGCUGAGCCUCAUUCCUCUUAGGGUCGGCACACUAAUAGCGCCAGAGAUACAACGGCGACUUCCAAGGCAUCGCCAAGAAGAGCGGCCCCCGCUUUAUCCACCUCCAUCUCCAUCCGCGUCUCCCCAAGAAGCGAGGACGGCGGAGGCGGCGGAACCCGAACCGGAACCGGAACCGGAACCGGAACCGGAACCGGAACCGGAACCGGAACCGGAACCGCCUCGGGUGUCGCUCAAGUGGCCGAACGACGUACUUCUCGGCGGCUCCAAGGUCGCCGGAGUGCUGAUCGAGGCGGAGCUACCCUUUCUGCUCGUCGGAAUCGGCGUCAACGUCAGAAACAAGCCGGAGGUGCCUCAGAAUGGUCCCGACCGUGGUAGGCCCGCUACUUGCCUUGCCGAUUUCGGGGCGGACAGCACCGAUGAGGCGGUGAGAGAGCUGUCCGCGGCGCUGACCGAAAAGCUAUGCUCCUGGGCCUCCGGGACGGACUCGGCGUCCACCGCCGUGGCCGAGUGGUCCCGGUGGGUGGACUGGUCGCUGCCGCUGGAGAUCAGGGACGAGGGGCGGGCGGUGAGGCCGGUCGGAGUCGCGCCGGACGGGCGGCUACGGGUGAUGGACCCGGCAACGGGCGAGGAGGAACUGCUCGCCACGGAGUACCUUCUGUAGACCGCGCGCGGCCUUUUAUCGCUG